AUGGACGGUGUACAAGAGGAAGCUAUACACCAUACCGCAUUAAAAUUAGCAGAUGAAAUAAAACAUCUUUCGAUUUACAAAUCAUUCUAUAGCGAUGUACAGAAAUUAGUUUCUUCUCCAAAUGUAGAGAAAGAAAAUUUUAAACAAACCUUACAACAAGCUAUGAAAGAAAAAGGAUUAGACACCAAAUUAAGGAACACAGUUUUUCAUUGGGUUAGAACACAAAGUAAACAUUGUAGGCUAGAUCCAUUAACCUCACUAUCGAAAGCCAGCGCACAGUGGGAAAAGAGAAUCCACAAAUCAUUAAAUUCUAUGUGCACCGAUCUGGAAACUUCUCUAGCCAAAGUAAGAUUGCAGAGCGAGCAAGAUAUUUUAACAGAGAAAUGGAGCGAACUUAGUACUUACAAUUUAGAUUUAUCAAAAUAUAGACCGGUGUAUGCUCCAAAAGAUUUCCUGGAAGUAUUGUUAACUUUGUCUGGAUAUGUUCCGUUUACAAGGGACGAUGAACCAAAAUGGGAGUUUGCUCAUUUACCUUUGAAAGUAAAUAAAAUUGACCAGUUGCGAAAACUGUUUCCGGAAUGGUCAAGUGGCGAGCCGCUUCUAGGAGUGAACCCAUACAUGCCGAGCACUGUACCAGGAUUUUCCACCUUGGAAGCUGAACGUAUCAGCUUGGGUGAGAGAGUAGUAGCGCUGGGUUAUGCCCCUGUUGUACAGGAGUACCUAAAGAAGGGCAGUCCGCAAUGCUUGAGGGCAAAGCUUUGGUCUAACGUUUUGGGCUCAGAUAUUAAAGCGCCGCAAGUGCAAUACUUUAAUCGGCUUAAGAAAAACGUGUUAGAAGUGGACCUAAUGGUAGAUAAGCUUAUAUUCAAAGAUGUUCAGCUCACAGCUUCUAACGAUGACCAAUACUUUGUAUUUGAAGACUUGCUAUAUCAGGUGAUGUUAUGUUUUUCACGCGACGUAGAGGUAAUGCAGCUCCUAAAGGGCAACAUAGGUAAUCCACCUGUUGUGACUAUUAAAGGGAAGCAAACAUCACCGGAGAGUUUGACAGCGUUCCCGCCCAGCGGCAUCAUACCAUUCCAUGGAUUUACAAUGUAUGCCACUCCAUUUUGUUACCUAUACGACGAUCCGGUACAACUUUACUACACUUUCCGAGCUUUUUACGUGCGAUACUGGCAUCGACUACAUUACAUAUCGACACAUCCACAGGGUAUAGUUUCAUUGUGUCUUUUGUAUGAAAGGCUUUUAGAAGCAAAUGAACCUCUACUAUGGGUACACUUUCGAAAUAUUAACAUUAAUCCCAUCCGAGUGGUAUUCAAAUGGUUAAUGCGAGCCUUCAGCGGACAUCUACCGCCAGAUCAGCUUUUAUUACUCUGGGAUGCCAUCCUAGGUUACGACUGCCUAGAAAUCCUACCAUUAUUAGCACUGGCAAUACUAAGCUUUAGAAAAGAGAAUAUAUUCCAAGUGAACACUUUGCAAAAUGUCGAUGCAGUUUUAGCCGAUCUUUCGACUAUAUCUGUUAUACCAUUGUUACAGUUAGCUCUUAUGAAGCCCUGA